GACGAGGUUUUCCGUGUGGGCUUCCCCCUUCGCACCAACUACAUGUACGUCAAGGUGAAGCGGACGCUGCAUCACGAGAUCUUCGCUUUCACUGUCUGCCUCUGGCUCAAGUCCAGCUCAGCGCCUGGCGUUGGCACCCCCUUCUCCUACUCCGUGCCUGGCCAGGCCAACGAGCUGGUGCUCAUUGAGUGGGGCAACAACCCCAUGGAGCUGCUCAUCAACGACAAGGCUGCCACCUUGCCCCUGGCUAUCCACGACGCCAAGUGGCACCACAUCUGCGUGACCUGGUCGACGCGGGACGGCAUCUGGGAGAGCUACCAGGACGGGGUGCGGCGGGGCAGCGGGGAGAACCUGGCCCCCUGGCACCCCAUCAAGCCAGGGGGUGUCUUCAUCCUGGGGCAGGAGCAGGACACGCUGGGCGGCCGCUUCGACGCCACGCAGGCCUUCAUCGGGGAGCUGGCCGACUUCAACGUGUGGAGCCACGUCCUGGCGCCGGGCGAGGUCUACAGGCUGGCCACCUGCGCCGGCCGCGCCCGCGGGGAUCUCGUGGCCUGGGCCGAGGGCGCCGUGGAGCUGCACGGGGGCGUGGCCAAGCUGCCCUUCAACGCCUGCCACUGA